AUGAAGACACCGUCACAUACUGCACGCUCAUCAUCAUCAUCAAUUGAUGUAAGAAGCAAGAGGGUCCAAUAUUCGAUCGAUGAAAAGGAUUUGAUCAGCAAGCUCCCCGACGAACUAUUACACAACACUCUCUCGAGAUUGUCAACCGCAGAGGCAGUGAAGACAAAUGUCUUAUCGUCACGAUGGGUAGAUCUAUGGAGAUGGAGGCCUACUCUUGAGUUGGAUUUGAGAAAGGAUUUAGAGGUCAAGAUACCAACCACCACUAAUCCUUUGCAUGAAGUUUCUCAAAAUUUGGCUAGUCAAUCGACCACGGUUAUAAAUAAUCAUUGUGGCGACCUAGAGAGCUGCACUAUCCAUCACUACAUAUCUCAAUGUUAUGGUAGUACGCUCAAAUAUGUGAUCGAUGCAGUGACUCGUCUGAAAAAGACCAAAGAGCUCACCCUUGUGAAUUACCAGAUACGUGUCGAUUAUGAUAUUUUUGACAUGGAUCCGGACACAUUUUCUUAUCCUAGCCUCACUUCAUUGUCACUUUGUGGAUAUAGAAUGAUAGGUUCACGCUCUUUCAAGAAUUACUCGAAUCUUAAGACCCUUAAGUUGAUUAACAUCACCACCACUCGAGCUGGUUAUGUUAGCGAAGUUUUAGCUGCUUGCUCCUCCCUUGAGGUUAUUGUCUUGGAACUCCGUAGCAAAUUACGUCUACGUGAUGCGUUGAAGAUCGAAAACAUCAAUUUGAAGUUCUUACAAGUCAUCUUCCAUGAUAAAAUUGAUAGGUUUCGGGUGUAUGCAGCUUCUUUAGAUGUUCUUGACAUCAAGUUUAUCCAGUGUGAGAAAAAUUAUGACUUCUUCCUCGAUGCACCCAACCUCAGGUUUAACAAAAACUAUUGGACUAAUCGCGGUUUUCCUUACCCUCACAUGAGCUACAACAUCUCUCAUCUCGCUCAGGAGAAACGAAGCGUUUGGCAUAAGCUUAUGGUGAGCGACAUUUAUGAUAAAAAGCGUCAUGGAUCAUUAUCAGUGCAUGUUGAUCUAAAUGAUCCAAAAGAAGUGGAGAUACUCAAGGAAGUAUUGCUUAUGUGGGGUGACGAAAUAAAAGAGCUUGAAAUCUUGUUCAAGAACAAUGCUUCUAAGGAAGACGGUAUCAAUGGUGGUAGAGCUCAUAACAAAUUUUGGAAUGCUGCAAAACCGAUCCCUUCCGCUGACUUCCGUGUUCAUACUGUGUGGAUGUAUAAUUUCGACAGUUCGAUUAAAGAAGAAUUUGCAUUAGCUUCGCAUUUUGUGACACAGAAGAUGGUGAUUGAGAAGAUGAUGGUCGAAGUGUCAAAGUAUCAUCUAAUGAAGAAGUUAAAGGUACACGCAGAUAUGGACAAGCUAAGGCAACUAUCUAAACGCCUAGGUAACGAAGAUUUUACUAUCGAAUGCUUUUGA